GAGGAGGACAGCGCAUCCUUUCGGUGAGGGCCGGCAGAGCCUCUGCAGUCGGCAAGCUGGCUCCCCGGGUGGCCACCGGGACCCCCGAGCCCAAUGGCGGGGGCGGCAGCAAAAUCGACAGCACUGUAGAGAUCACCCCCAGCCCCAACGGACAGGUCGGGACCCUGGGAGAUGCGGUGCCCACAGAGCAGCUGCAGGGUGAGCGGGAGCGCGAGCGCGAGCGAGAUGGGGAGGGCGACGCGGGCGGAGACAGGGUGGGCAGCAGCCUGUCGCUGGCCGUGCCCCCCGGCCCCCUCAGCUUCGAGGCGCUGCUCGCCCAGGUAGGGGCGCUGGGCGGGGGCCAGCAGCUCCAGCUCGGCCUCUGCUGCCUGCCCGUGCUUUUCGUGGCUCUGGGCCUGGCCUCGGACCCCAUCUUCACACUGGCGCCCCCACUGCAUUGCCACUACGGAGACUUUGCCCCCAACGCCUCUGGCUGGGAGCAGACCCCCAAUGCCAGCGGUGUCGGCGUCGCCAGUGCGGCGCUUGCCGCCAGCGCCGCCAGCCGCGUCGCCACCAGUACUGACCCCUCGUGCAGCGGCUUUGCCCCGCCGGACUUCAACCACUGUCUCAAGGACUGGGACUAUAACGGCCUGCCGGUGCUCACCACCAACGCCAUCGGCCAGUGGGAUCUGGUGUGUGACCUGGGCUGGCAGGUGAUCCUGGAGCAGAUUCUCUUCACCCUGGGCUUUGCCUCCGGCUACUUGUUCCUGGGCUACCCUGCGGACAGGUUUGGCCGUCGUGGGAUUGUGUUGCUGACCUUGGGGCUGGUGGGACCCUGCGGAGUGGGAGGGGCUGCUGCAGGCUCCUCCACAGGUGUCAUGGCUCUUCGAUUCCUCCUGGGCUUUCUGCUUGCUGGUGUUGACCUUGGUGUCUACCUGAUGCGCCUGGAGCUGUGCGACCCAACCCAGAGGCUUCGGGUGGCCCUGGCAGGGGAGUUGGUGGGGGUGGGGGGGCACUUCCUGUUCCUGGGCCUGGCCCUUGUCUCUAAGGACUGGCGAUUUCUGCAGCGAAUGAUCACCGCUCCCUGCAUCCUCUUCCUGUUUUAUGGCUGGCCUGGUCUGUUUCUGGAGUCCGCACGGUGGCUGAUAGUGAAGCGACAGAUUGAGGAGGCCCAGUCAGUGCUGAGAAUCCUGGCUGAGCGGAACCGUCCCCAUGGGCAGAUGCUGGGAGAGGAGGCCCAGGAGGCCCUGCAGGAUCUGAAUGAGGCCGCCAUCACCACCUUCUCUGUCCUCGGCCUCUUCUCUUCCCAAGCUGCUGGCCUUCUCAGUACCCUCCUUGCCGCUGAAGUCAUCCCUACCACUGUCCGGGGCCGAGGUCUGGGCCUAAUCAUGGCACUGGGGGCACUUGGAGGACUGAGUGGCCCAGCCCAGCGCCUCCACAUGGGCCAUGGAGCCUUCCUGCAGCAUGUAGUGCUGGCGGCCUGUGCCCUCCUCUGCAUCCUCAGCAUCAUGCUUCUGCCGGAAACCAAGCGCAAGCUCCUGCCUGAGGUGCUCCGGGACGGGGAGCUGUGCCGCCGGCCUUCUCUGCUGCGGCAGCCACCCCCUAACCGCUGUGACCAUGUCCCGCUGCUUGCCACCCCCACCCCUGCCCUCUGAAGUGGCCUCUGAGCACCCUGGCAGGAGGCUGGCCCAUACAGAAAGGUGACAUAAGGCCCUGGCAAGGAGAUUGGGAGGACUGAGUGAGGAGGCAAGCUGCGCAGAAGGCUCAGAGGCACCUCACGCCAGCCAUCGAGGAGAGCCCAGAGGGCUGUCCGUACCCCGUCUCUUCUCUGCUGCUUUGUGUUCACUUCCUUACAAGAAUCAGGGGGACAGGGAGAGAGCUCCACAUUGUAAGCUCUAGGUCUGGGCUUCAUCCUGUGCCCAAAGACAUCCUCCCAGACCUCAUUCUUUCUUGCUCUAUCAUUCUGUUUCAAUAAAGACAUUUUGAAUA